AUGUACUCUCUCAAGUCUCUCCUCGUCCUGCUCGUCGCGAGCCUCUCCGUGGCCAUUGCCGCCGCCAAAGGCAGCUCCGGAAGCAGAGGAAGCAGCUUCGGUAAAGGCAGCUCGGGCAGCAGCUUCGGCGAGGCUUUCUGGUCCGGCGCUUACUCUUGGGAUACCUAUCAUUGGCCCAAGACUCCCGGCUCCAAGUCGCAGUUCGUCGCCGAUAAUGCUGCCAAGAUGUGGAAGAACCGACCUGUGCAGGCGCAGGCGGCUAUCUGCUUCAACGGCUCGUGGAGGGUCAAGAAUCCGGACCAGGUCAGCCCAGCCAUGACGGUCACCUACUUUGUCAAGAAGAACUUGGGCUUCACCAAAAAAGCCCUCAUGUACGACUGUCUCUACAUUUGGGGUCCCAACCAGUCGUGGUGGAGCUGGGAUGACGCCGACGACGACAAGAUGGCUCACGUCAUCGACGAAUCCAAGUGCACCUACAACACGACCUCGCUUUGCUCAUGUAUCUCAACGUCCGACAUUCAACGCCAUGAGGAUAUCGAAGCACGGGGAGGACUUGGCACUUCCGCCAAGUACUCAUUCGGCAAUGACGCAGAGUCGACGUCGCAAAGUGGUAUGAGCUUCAUGCCUUCGAUCAAGUGA